GGAUAAUACGUUGUUCUACGGUUGAUAAAAUGGAGUCCAUGCUGAAUAAAUUGAAGAGUACCGUUACAAAGGUAACGGCUGAUGUCACCAGUGCAGUCAUGGGAAAUCCUGUUACCAGGGAAUUUGAUGUUGGCCGACAUAUUGCCAGUGGUGGUAAUGGUCUUGCUUGGAAGAUCUUUAAUGGAACUAAAAAAUCAACAAAACAGGAAGUGGCUGUUUUUGUCUUUGAUAAGAAGCUAAUAGACAAGUAUCAAAAAUUUGAAAAGGAUCAGAUUAUUGAUUCUUUAAAACGAGGUGUUCAACAGCUAACCAGGCUUCGACACCCUCGACUACUUACAGUUCAACAUCCAUUGGAGGAAUCCAGGUAAGCUCUAGUAAAGGAUUGCUUGGCGUUUUGUACAGAACCAGUCUGUGCAAGUUUAGCUAACGUUCUUGGCAACUGGGACAACCUACCUUCUCCUUUACCAUCUGACAUUAAAGAAUACAAACUUUAUGAUGUGGAGACCAAAUAUGGUUUGCUUCAGGUUUCUGAAGGCUUGUCAUUUUUGCAUAGCAGUGUGAAAAUGGUUCAUGGAAAUAUUACUCCUGAAAACAUAAUUUUGAAUAAGAGUGGAGCAUGGAAAAUUAUGGGCUUUGAUUUUUGUAUCCAGUCAACAAAUCCAUCUGAACAGGAGCCAAAGUUCCCUUGUAAGGAAUGGGAUCCAAACUUGCCAUCCUUGUGUCUUCCAAAUCCUGAAUAUCUGGCACCAGAAUAUAUUCUCUCCGUGAGCUGUGAGACAGCCAGUGAUAUGUACUCUCUAGGAGCUGUUAUGUAUGCAGUGUUUAAUAAAGGGAAACCGAUUUUUGAGGUCAACAAGCAGGAUAUUUAUAAAAGCUUUAGUAGACAGCUGGAUCAGCUGAGCCGUUUAAGCUCCAGUACUCUUCAGAAUAUACCAGAGGAGGUGCGUGAACAUGUAAAGCUACUCUUAAAUGUAGCUCCAGCAGUCAGACCAGACGCAGAUCAAAUGACUAAGAUACCAUUCUUUGACGAUGUAGGAGCAAUGACGCUUCAGUAUUUUGAUUCAUUAUUUCAAAGAGAUAACCUUCAGAAAUCACAGUUUUUUAAAGGUCUACCAAAGGUUCUGCCAAAACUUCCUAAGCGUGUCAUAAUUCAGCGAAUUUUGCCUUGCUUGACUUCUGAAUUUGUGAAUCCUGAUAUGGUACCCUUUGUCUUGCCUAAUGUUCUCCUAAUUGCUGAGGAAUGCACCAAAGAAGAAUAUAUCAGGCUCAUUCUGCCUGAUCUUGGUCCUGUUUUUAAGCAGCAAGAACCAAUCCAGAUCUUGUUGAUCUUUCUGCAAAAAAUGGACUUGCUUCUAACCAAAACUCCACCAGAUGAAAUAAAGAACAGUGUUUUACCAAUGGUUUAUAGAGCCUUGGAAGCACCCUCAAUUCAGAUCCAGGAGCUUUGCCUAAACAUAAUUCCCACGUUUGCCAAUUUAAUAGAUUACCCAUCAAUGAAAAAUUCAUUAAUUCCAAGAAUUAAAAAUGCAUGUUUGCAAACUUCUUCUCUUGCUGUCCGGGUAAACUCACUAGUGUGCUUAGGCAAGAUUUUGGAGUACUUGGAUAAAUGGUUUGUGCUUGACGAUAUUUUACCUUUUCUACAACAAAUUCCAUCCAAGGAACCUGCAGUGCUAAUGGGAAUUUUAGGUAUUUACAAAUGUACAUUUACUCAUAAGAAGUUGGGAAUUACCAAAGAACAGCUUGCCGGAAAAGUAUUGCCCCAUCUGAUUCCUCUUAGUAUUGAGAACAAUCUUAAUCUCAAUCAGUUCAAUUCUUUUAUUUGUGUCAUAAAAGAUAUGCUUAAUAGAUUGGAGGCAGAGCAUAAAACAAAACUUGAGCAACUUCAUGUCAUGCAAGAGCAACAGAAAUCGUUGGAUAUAGCUAACCAAAUGAGUGUGUCUGAAGAGGCAAGAUCUAGUAGUACAAGUAAUCAGAUUGACAAGGUAUUUAAUACUAGUGGAACUGACCUUCUAACCAGUGGAUCUGAGAGUAAAGAGAAUGACAUGUCAUCAACACAGAAAAAGGCAUCACUUACACUAGAAGAGAAGCAAAAGCUAGCUAAAGAACAAGAACAGGCACAGAAACUGAAAAGCCAGCAACCUCUUAAGCCGCAAGCAACUGUAAUAACACCUCCAGUGAAGCAGACAAAAGACUUGACAGAUACCUUGAUAGAUAAUAUGUCAUCUUUGGCUAGCCAUUCUAUCAACAAAGCGAAAGUUCCACCUUCAAACAGCUUCUCUACUGUCCCUUCGAUGGGCGUUGGAAUGGGAUUUUCAUCAUCUAUUGACAACACAAAGAGAAAUAUAACAAAUGGACUAAAUACUAAUAUGGGUUUUCAGACUGCUGGAUUCAGUAUGGGAGCUGGUCCCACCACUCAGAAUUUCUUCAGUGGUCCAAGUGCAACAACAACAACCAAGAUGAACAUUGUACCAACUGCCAAUAUGCCAAAUUACAGUCCUAUGAAUGCUGCCUCUGCAAUCUCUCCACUGACACAACAGAACAGACCCCCAGAUAUGUCUGCUUUAGAUAAUCUUUUUGGUCCUCAAAAACCCAAAGUUAGCAUGAAACAGUUGGCUCAACAGAAAUCAAGCCAGUGGGUUAAUCAGUUUGUACCCCCGCAAGGGUCCCCAGGUGCAAGCACUUCAGUCUUGGGACCUCAGAUGAACAUGAUAGGACAACCUGGCUUUGGUAUACAGGGUAAUCCUUUCUUUGCUCCUCAGAACUUUGCACAACCAGCAAACACAAUGACAAACAGCAGUUCAGCUAGUAAUGACUUAAAAGAUCUUUUUGGGUAAAAUGUUUUGUUUUGUUCUUUCAAAGAUCGAUGAAAUUUGGAUCAUGGGUAAGCUGAUUAACAUCUUUUUUUGAUUAGUACAAGCAUGACUUGGGGAAACUUUCAGCCCAGCAAACGAAAGACUUUUGCACUGGAAAAAAAGACUUGAUUUUGCAUUCACUUGGUACUGCAGUGGAAUUGCGUAAGUGCAAAGUCAUCUUACAUGCUAAAGAUUUCCUGUCUCUUUACCGAGCACCAGAGCACUGAAGGUAGGAUGCAUAUAUUCAAUCAAAAAAGAAGCAGCUAAGUGUUUCAGAAUUAUUCAGAAGCGUUCUCAAUCAACUCCUGUGAAAUUUCCUACAAAAUUUUGGUUUUUAAAUUCAACAAAAAUGCUUAGGGGGUAAUAGUGCUAGUGAAUGCAAUCCUGCAGCCUAGUCCUUUCAGUGUCUGCGAAAUUCUUAUUGAUCAUUUGUCUUGCCUGAAUUUAGCACAAACUGUCAUUUUGCCUUAUGACAGUUUGCAAAAAGUAAAUUCUUAUGCUGCCUCAAAAAGUUUUGUUAGCCAUGCUACACGGAAAGAGCUCUAACCAGUAUCUGUGUAAGAGACAAGAACAGAAAAUGUUUUGUAUUUCUUCCCUUGUAAGAUAAUUAAAAUUAAUGUGGUAAUAAACUACAAUAAGAUUCAGGAGGCAUAAGAAGCUGUUUUAGAAUUUUGUGCUAGUUUGGGACAGAGUAAGAACACUGCUCCGAUGGUCACGCUCAUUUACAGCCUGUUUCACAAUGCCAGAUCCUUGUUACCAGCCCCAUAGCAAAAGCAGCAUGCCACUUAAGCAGCAUUUACAGUGCAUUUGGUGACAUGAUCACAUUUCUUAUAUAUUCCAGUGUUUUGGCUAAUUUGAUACUGCUUCUAACUGGUGUGAAAAAAGAAUAUGAGUAGUUAUGGAACCUCCUAAAAAGAAUGUUCUCUGUAAAAUUCAGAUGUUGACUGCCCCAACUGUCUUAACUAAGCAGUUCUGUGUAACUAAACACACACUGUUUAGUUACACAGAAAUAUCUUGAAUUACUGCAUAGAUUUUGGCUCCGUUGGGAAGAUGGAAAAGGAUUGUCUCAUACAAGUUGCACAUGGUUGCGUGAAAAAACAGAGUGCCAUAAAUUGCCUUGACUAGAAUAAACCAUUUCAUUUUAAUUUUGUUUUAACUCAAGUCCUUAUGAAGGAUAGAUGAAUAUGAGGCGAGUUCUCAAAUACAGAUUUGUAAGCUCUAGAAUAUAUGGUAAAUACACAGGUAUUUCAGAUCCUUUUUAUUGUAUUACUCCAAAUUUAAUAAAGCUCUCCA